AUGACAGAAGAAGCUCAUCCAACCUAUCUAUCGCCCAGUGAGCUGGGCACAAAAGACUAUUGGGAAACAUACUACGCCCGCACGCUCGCGCACAUCUCCAACCCCACCGCAACAGAAGAGCAGGAAAAAGAACAAGAAAACGCUCACGAUGAGACCGCCCAUGACGAAGAUUCAGAUGCAGACUCCGUCAAUGACGAGGAUGACCCCGGCACCUCCUGGUUCUCUGAACAUAAUGCCCCGGAAAAAGUGCUCCGUUUCCUGACGCGCUCGUCCUUCCCUCUCUCCCCGCGAGCCACGCGCGGGUCUGCGCAACCGAGUGUUCUUGACCUGGGAACGGGAAAUGGAAGCAUGCUUGCCCUCUUGAGGAAAAAGGGUGGGUUCCGGGGAGAGCUGGUUGGGGUGGAUUAUUCGGCGCAGAGCGUUUGGUUGGCGAGGGAGUUACAGCGGACGAGGGGCCAUUCGGCUUAUCAUACUGAUUCCGAGGAUGAGGAGGAUUCUGAUGAAGAUGCAGGUGGUGAUAGGACGGGAGACUUGAGUUCAGAAAAUGCUCUUGUCGAGCCUCGUGAGAUUCAAUUUGAGGAAUGGGAUAUUCUCGGUUCCAAGGCUGUUCUCUCCCCAUUUGGGACAGAGGUCUCGCCCGCUGAUACGGAUGAGACGCUUUCGUGGUUUCCGUAUGCUCGCGGUGGAUUUGAUAUCGUGCUUGAUAAGGGGACUUUCGAUGCUAUCUCCUUGGCUGGGGAUGCGAAGGAUACCCAAGUUUGUGAGCGGUAUCCUGGUAUUGUGCGCCGGUUGAUUCGGACUGGAGGGUUCUUGAUUGUAACGAGUUGCAAUUGGACGGAGGAGGAGCUUGUGCAUUGGUUUACGGCUGCCGAGGGUUCUGACCGGUUUAUUGUCUGGGGCAGGGUUGAGUACCCCCGGUUUAGAUUUGGGGGACAGGAAGGACAGGGUGUGUGUACAGUCUGCUUCCAGAGAGUUGUGUCUUAG